CUGCUGCCAUCCCUUCCGAUCUCCUCACCGCCCCUCCUCCGCUUCCUCGUCUUUCACGGACAUCGGGACAUGGCUUCCUCCACUGUUUCCUCCUGGGUUCCACCUUCACUUCCCGAGCCCGCCGCCGCCUCAGGCUUGAUCCUCCUCGACAGGUUGUGCUACAUCGCCGACCUCCCAAACAACACCACCGCCAAGAGCACCACGAGCACCGGCUUGCCGAUCGAGGUGACCUUCCGCGCCGCCCGCCCGCCCGCCACUUGGCCCAAGAUCGUCGCCACUGACGCGGAUCUCGUCCUCCUCCGCGUUCCCCUCGACCCCAACGGCAGAAGCAUCUCAGGUUGGAACUGGGACCACUUCGUCUACAGGCCGCGCGCCCAGUGGCUAGAUCUGGUACCGAACCCCCCGCACCUCGGGGCGCUCGACGCCGCCGCAACCGCCCUCAUUAGCCGCGAGGACGGCGCUUGGUUUGCCGUCGCUGCUCUCGCUUUUAGGCCCCCCCUAUCAUCCUCAGGUUCCGAAGGGUGGAUCUCCAAGCGGCUGUCACUGAAAGAGUUCAAGAGGGACAAACUUAUCCCUUUACCUCGGGCAGUCGACAGGCUGUACCACGAGACGGCGAAGUGCAUCACCAUUGGCGGUGCGCAUGGCACGGUGGCUUGGGUGGACCUUUGGCGCGGCAUCUUCUUUUGCGACGUGCUCAGACAAUGCCCACAGCUCCAGGAUGUCCCGCUGCCGGAGCCGGCAAGGGCAAACUGGGAUCGCCUCCUCAGAGGUAACCCCGGCUAUUUGCGGGACGUAACUGUCAGCCGGAACAAAGACUCGAUCAAGUAUGUUGAGUUGGAAUGGUUGGAAGUCCUGUCACCAGAAGAGCUGAAUGCCACCCCUGUUUCCUAUGCUGACUGGGUGCGCAAUAGCUCAAGGAAACCCCAGCUCAAGCGUGAUGGCUGGAAGUCCACAACAUGGAACAUGGCAAUACCGGUUGGUUCGUCGGAGGGCUGGCGCUGUGACUGUGUAGUUGACGUGAAAGACAUCAACUUGGAGGCUGGUGACCCAUGUCUUUCUGAUCUCAUGGCUAUGCUGAGCAGCAAGACCACAGGAACGUGGAAGGAACUUCCGUUGGGAUAUCCCAUCCUAAGCAUGGAUGAUGAUGUCGUUUACUUGAUUUCUCAAACCAGACCCAGGAACAUGGACAAGUUGGCAAUGAUGUUUGCUGUCGAUGUGAGGAAGGCAACACUGCGAGGAUUGGCUGAGCUUGAUGUCCAGAAGACUACCAUGAACUUCUGUGCAAGUGAGAUCUGCAGG